GGUAAUGCCAAUCAAACAAUUUCAAAUUUGGCCAGGAGCCUCUAGGUUUUUCUGCAGAGGCCGCAUAAUGACAGGUCCUAAUGUGAUCAUGCCGAUUAUUAGUAUCAUUGUGGUCUUUGGAGUGUGAUGAGGAGUCAAUGCAACCACAUUUUGGUAUAUUUCAGAGAAAACUAAACAUUUCCUCCUUCCAAUAAUUGUGACGGUCCAGAUAAUAACACUUUACUGCCUAGUAAAGACUUCCUUUAUGGAUCCUGGGUAUUUGCCGAGGAGAAAUUUUAUGAAAAUUAUCCGAUCUGAUCUCACUGAGAUGUCAGUAGAAGAGCAGGCUAUUCCAUUUUUCAAUCACUAUUUAUAUUCAAAAGCACAUUCGGUAAAACUUAAAUACUGAUCCACUUGUGAAAUUUACAGACCUCCGAGAUCUUCUCACUGAGGAAGCUGAGAUUCCUGAGUGGAAAGGAUCGACCAUCACUGUCCUUGGCUUGGUACAUGUAUCGGUAAAAGAAACUAUAAGUACUUUUUCAUAUUCAUUAAUCUUCUCUCGUUCCUUAUAAUACUGUGUAUUAUCCUAUCGCUUCUUGAAAUAUACCUGCGAGUAAGAAAAAAUAUGGAUAGCGGGAAUAGCAUAAGCAAGGCAUUGGAGCUGACAUUCAGCAAAGCUCCAUACCCUCUGAUAUAUAUAGCUAUAUGCAUAUUAGCUUCUACAUUUGUGAUAGUCCUUUGAGGUUAUCAUCAUAAACUCCUUUGUAAAAGCCUCACUACGAAUGAAGACUUAAAAGGAAUUUGGGGUGACACGUUCAUGUGCAAUCCUAAUAAAUAAGAAAUAUCUUCAUAAUCUUUGGAAUACAAUCUUCAUGCCUGUCCCUCCGAAGCACUGGCAGCCCCGCAAUGAGAUAAUUGGCUACCAAUCUGAACUGGCUAAGCAAAAGGAACAAGAAAAAGAGCCUCUUAGUGACCUAUCCAUGGAGGAAAAUCCAGGCUUUAGUAUUGAGCCAGGCGAAGGCAAAGACCAAUGUCCACAAUCCGAUAGCAAGCUACAGACACUUGGCAAUAGAACAACGAAAUACGACCAAUUCUCCACCAUGAAAGAUAAGAGGUCUUCUGUCGCUGACUCUAAUUGAAGAAUGUUCAUGGCUGGUGACCUGGACCAAACAGAAGGAGAGAAUCUUCUUUCGAUGCGCAAAAAUUCAACUGAAUUGAAAUAAGCUUAACAAACAAAACCCUAAUCUCAAGAGGCUAACUAAGCCUGAAAUACGUUCAAAAAUGUCUAUGUUCGCUCCUUUAGGUCAAAUUUUAUCAGAAAGUUCUGAGAAAUCAACUCCUGAAAUGAGAAAGGAGAAGGAUAAACUUCAAACUUUACAGGAAGUGAAGCAUGAAAUACCUUCAAUCAGCAAAGCCAUAUCAUCAGAAGUAGUUGUCCCUAAAUCUGCCAUUGGUAAGACACUGUCAGAUCCUAUUUCCCACUUGUCAUCAAGGAAUUACCUCCGGUCACCUUACGAAGAGGAUAAGUUUGAAGAACAGAAAGGGAAAGUGCCAAAGCUAAAGCUUAAUCCUGGUGAGAAUUUCAAGCUGCUCAAGAACAAACUUAUAAAAGCCACUAAGAAAAAUAUGAAAUCUCCUCAAAAGGAGAAUCUAGACUCUAGUUAUGGGGGUAGUUCCAGUAUCAAAAGCCAGUACCAUAUAGUCGAUGAUAAAAUAAAAGCAUUUGAACGAAUCUCCGUGUCUGAAAGUAAUGAGGAAGUUUUACAUAAAGAUGAAUAUAAAGAAGAGGACAGGAAUAGUAACAGUAGGAGGGAGCUCACUGAACCACGCAAAAGGUUCAAAACGUAGAGAACCACCCAAGAUUUGCAUUAAAAAUCAAUAUUUAUUCACGAUUAUUAUUUAAACUUCCA